AUGGAGUGUGCCCCGGCAGGCCCGGCCCUCCACGGGGCCACGGAGAGGAAGAGCUCCGGCUGCCGCGAGGCUCCAAAGAAGCUAGGCCUGUCCUUCUCCAUUGAGGCGAUCCUGACAAGGCCGCUGGGGAGAAGGGAUAGGGUCGGGCCACCAGGAGAAGACGGAGCGGCCCCUGGGCACACUGAAGCCACCAGCUCCGGCCUGGUGAGGCCUCCGCAGGACCAGCCCCAAGAAGAGAGGAAGAGUAAACGCAGGGUUCGGACCACCUUCACAUCAGAGCAGUUGCAGGAGCUGGAGAAGCUUUUCCACUUCACCCAUUACCCCGACAUCCAUGUCCGCACCCAGCUGGCUGCCAGGAUCAACCUGCCUGAAGCUCGAGUACAGAUCUGGUUCCAGAAUCAACGAGCCAAGUGGCGGAAACAGGAGAAAAGCAGCAGCCUUGGUGUGUCACAGGCGCUGGGAGAAGCCAACUUGGCCCUGCCCUCACCUCUGGACAUAGCUGACCCCCUGCGGACGCCCACCGCUCUGCCCAGGCUGGCUCCUCCCAUCGGGUGUUACCCACUGCCUCAGAGUAGACUCACCUCCCCAUGGUUCCCUUCCCGGAUCACCCUGGUCCCCCAGCACCCAUGGGAGCUGCAGCCCUUCCCGGGCCCUCGUGUCCCACAGACGUGCACGCCUGACCUCUGCAUCCUGCCGCCUUCACACCCCAAGUGGAGCAGUGUCUGUGCCACUUCAACAUAGGGA